AUGGCGAAAGAGGCACUGGCGAGUAGCAAUGGGAGUGCUCAUGGUGUGCCCUCCCGCAAAAUGCGUGCGGAGCCCGACGAGAACAUCUUCAUGUUUGUUCCAAACCUAAUUGGAUACUUCCGCAUCGUCCUAGCAGUCGCAUCCCUCUACUACAUGCCCCUCCACCCGCGUACCUGCUCGCUAUUGUACAGCAUAUCCUGUCUUCUCGACGCACUUGACGGAGUGGCGGCACGCAAAUUCCAGCAGUCGACCAAGUUUGGCGCCGUGCUAGACAUGGUGACGGACCGUUGCACAACCGCUUGCUUGCUCGUCUUCCUGGCCUCCGCUUUCCCAAGGUGGUCCCUUGUAUUCCAGGGCCUAAUCAGCUUGGACCUGGCGAGCCACUACAUGCACAUGUAUGCGACAUUGACGAUGGGCGGCAGUGGGCAAAGUCACAAAAAGGUCGACGAGAGCCGCAGCUGGAUUCUGAAGCAAUAUUACUCCAACAAUAAAGUUCUAUUCACCUUCUGCGCUUUGAAUGAACUGUUCUUCAUCGCGCUCUAUUUACUUUCCUUUUCCUCGCCGACCCUUUCGCCCUCCCUCUUACAGCCGUCGCCUUCGUCGCUGCAACCAGGGAGCCCCGCUGCGCCAAAGCCGAGCCUACUGUUCACGAGCCCUUGGUCGGCAGGUGCUAUGGAGAUGGCCCGGGCCAACAAGAUGGACAGCACGGUCCCUUGGAUCCUCGCGGCCAUCUCCUUCCCAGUCAUGGCGGGCAAGCAAUUCAUCAACGUUGUGCAGCUUGUCAAGGCGAGCAGAUGGCUUGCUGAAGGUGACAUCGCGGAACGCAAGCGGCUUGGAUUACCGAAGAAGAAGAACUAG